AUGGCCACGUGCCGUCCGAUCCUAUCCAUCUAUGCCAUCUACGCCUAUGUCUUGGUGUAUGCCAUGCGGCUGGAAGAGGGAGCUGAUGAUCUAGAUGCAGCGUCAGUGACAGGGGCAGGAAUUUUCACAGGUUUCGGGCACAGAGAUGCAGUGAACCACCUAAGUUCGACGCCUGCCUUGGUGGGUGAGCGAUUUUCGGCUGAGCAGAUGCAAGAUCAACUCCUCGAUAUUUUGAACAAGAGUCAGUUGAGCCAGGAGAUGAUGCGUGAAUUGCCCAAGCCCAGCUUCAAGGAACCGAAGCAGACGUACAUCCAUUUCCUGAACGAGGCCUUGCGAAAAACCUCGCAGACGUCUUCAGUGGCCAAGGCCAGUUCAGUGAAGGGCUCCAGACGCAAAAAAAAGGCCAAGGCCACUCCAGUGAAGCGCUCCAAACGUCUUGCACAGUCCUGCCGGAAGCAACUGGGCGGUUUGCUUGCAAACCUCAUCAGCGCCUGUGAGGAGGUCCCAAUGAAGUGGGAUCACCUUGCAAUUCCAUAUGGCUUGCCAGAGAAGAACUGCACUGAAAGUGCAAAAGAUCUCUUUCUUCAUGGACAGGAUAUGGUUCGGACACACCUGCAGGUGCUCAAACUUGAAGAUGCCACUACAGAAACUGUAGCACUACUGCAAGGUUGGUACUUCUUGAAGCAGUGGAUCAUUCCGCUGGCCACUGGGGUGAAAGCUGCGAUCCUGUGGGCUGGAUUUUGGACGGAUGCCUCCGAUCCGGAAGGCCACAAGAGUCGAACCUCGAAAGAACGUCUCUUUGACUUCGCAGACCAAAUUGAGACCCAGACGGUACACCCCUCCACUCAGCUGGGGACGAUGGCAGAGGAUAACGGCAAUUUGGCCGAUUGCCAAGGUCUUAUAGCGAACGAGCUGAAGAGCAACAUGUGGAGUUUUUUCAGUUUCUCCUUUGUCUUCGGCAUGAUGAGAAAGAACCAGGACAUGGUCGUGGCCCUGGUGCACAAAGAAAUGGAUGGAGCACGGCCAUUGAGUGAGUCCAUCCUUUUCCAGUAUGAGGUACCAUCACUUGGCAUGGUUGCUUGGCGAGAGUAUUGGUCCCCACAUGUGGUGCUCAUCGACUUGUUGGGCACGUGCAAGCAAACAAGCCCGGCACUGCGGGCUCAAUUAUUCUCCAAUGUGCCUGCAGGGUACCGCGACACACUAAACCUUUUCGGGCUGAAGGAGAAUUGGACUGUGCAGGAGUACAGUCGGCGUUCCAGAUUGUCUUGGACCUGUUUGGAUUGUCCACAUUCCAGCUGCCAUUUGGACGAGCAUCUUGCAAGACAAGUGAAGCAGCUACUAGAGGCAGGGCGCGAGCAAGAUCAGAAGGAUACCAGGUUGAUCAAGGCUGCUAAAGAAGGCAAAGCCUCUGCGGUGGAGGAGCUAUUGAACACCGGAGCGCAAGCGAAUUGCCAGGAGCACGGUGGGGCAGACGACAAGGGUUUCAAGCAUGGUUACAAGGGUGACACACCUCUCCACUUCGCUGCGCGGGAAGGCUAUGAUGCCACUGCCCUGGUGCUGCUAAACCAUGGUGCCUCCGUAGAUGCCACAAACGAAAAACUCAAAACUCCGCUCCACCUUGCUGCGAAGCGGGGUCAUGCGGCUGUGGCGAAGAUCCUACUGGGGCACCAUGCUGAUGUGGAUGCCAAAGAUCAAAGCGGCCGCGCUCCGCUCCACCUCGCUGCCGAGUCUGGUGAUGUAGACAUGGCCAAGCUCUUGCUGAAGCACCACGCCAAGGUGGAUGUUGAGGAGCUUGAAUUUGGUUGGACUCCGCUACACUUCGCCGCAAAGGGUGAUCACCUGGCCAUGGCAGUGCUGCUGCUGGAAGCAAAUGCUAGCCUUCGAUUGAAAGACAAGAAUGGCGCUGAUGCACUCAGCGUGGCCACUGUAAACCUUGCUUGGGCCACACAAGCACUGCUUUUUGAGAUACAAGGUUCCCGGUUCCGCAUUGCUGGGAAGAUUGGUGAGGUGGCUGUGGCGGAGAUCCUGCUGAAACGCUACCCCAAUGCGCUCGACCUCGCUGCAAUGUCGGGUCAAGUGGCUGUGGCAAAGUUGCUGCUGAAGCACCGCGCCGAUGUGAAUAGCACGAUCAAUGGCUUGACUGCGCUCCACAGCGCUGCAAAGGAGAAUAAGGCAGACAUGGUGGAGCUGCUGUUGCAGCAUAAUGCCAAUGUGAACGCCCGGGAUUUCUCCGGCGAAACUCCGCUUCACCAAGCUGCAGGCUGCGGCGCGGGCGUUCGCUCCGCUGGAGCCAGCUCAAGGGUGGUGGAGGUGGAGCUCCUGCUGAAAGCAAAGGCCGAGGUGAACCCCAGGGACCAAAGUCACCAGACACCUCUUUCUUGUGCGAAAUCCACGGAGGUGGCCAAGGUGUGCUUUGCUGGCGUUGGUGCCGUUGCCGCUGUGAAGGCGGUCUCUGCAGGGCCUGAGCCUCUGGAGUUCUGGUGCCAACGGCGGAAAUUCCGCUUGCAACCGGGGCUCCAAGCGAAGGAUGAGGAGAGGAUCGCCCUUCAGAUGCUGGCGGAGGUGUCAGGACUCUCACUGGCGCAGCUGCGGAGCGUCCUAAAGAGCACCUGGUCGGGCCUGGAGCUGCACGUGGAGGCCCUUGCUCGCACGCCUGACAAAGAAAGAAGGCGCUUGGCUGAGCAAUUGGUGCAACAUGCAAGAGCUCAAGGGCUGCUGCCAGAGGCCGCGCGGGUCGACAAGCUGGUGCAGUCCUCGCGGCCCAGGCCGGAGACGCGUCGCACGUAUGGUGUCGACGUGGGCGGCGAUGCGCCACUUUACCUCGGGAUGGACGGCCUUCGCCUUGAAGAGCCGGAGGUCGAGCACGCGCUUUCACAACUCCGAGAGGAGGGGGUGGUGCUUCUGUCAGGCAACACCUGCCAUGCUGCUCACGCUGAGCUUCGCAAAGUCCUGCGCUUGCCGCCGUCCCACACACGUCCCGUGCGGGAGGUGCCGAGCGGCGAGGUGUGCUCCGCCUUGGGCUGCGCAGCACCUCAGGAGCCGUCGGCGGGCCGGAGACACUUCUUGCUGCGUGGGACGGCUCUGGCGGAGCAAGUGGCAGUGCCCAUGCUGGCCGCCCUCAUGCCUCUUUGCUACAGAUACUUCUCAGAACAGCGCCCAGAUGCCUCACCAGGCGCGCUGCGCCCGACGGCGACCGGCGAGACCGGCGAGACCGCCCUGCCGCGCCUGUACCUGUCGGAAUGCCAGCUGCUGGUCUCGGAUCCGGGCGCGGUGAACCAGAUUUGGCACUGCGACAACCUCCAGCCGGGUUUGACCAUGAUUCUGCCGCUGACUGAUGUGGACGAAGAGUUGGGUCCUACCCACCUUCUCCCAGGGACGCAUCACCUCUUCAGCGGCGCGCUCUCGGCGGCCUGGAAGCCACUCCUGGCGGCGGGUGGGACGGUGGCGCCUCAGCCGCUGCGGCCGGGCGAGGCGCUGGUCUAUGAUGCUCGCGUGCUUCACCGGGGUUUGGCCAACCGAUCCUACAACCACUGUCGAGUGGCCCCUCGGACCGGGGGACCCUCAGCGGGAGCGGCGGAGCGACGGAGCGACGGUGUAGAGGAGCGGAGCGCCGGUCCUCGUGAUGCGACGCUCGGCUGGAGAUUCACCUUCUUCGGUGAUCUGGUGACGCCAAUGGCCAUGCGUCCUCCACUUCCGACCCCGCACGGCGACGCCGCGUCUUCAGCUCCCUGUGGCCCGUGCUCUGCUGUCGCUUGGGCUGAGCAAAAGGGGCCGGUGGAACGGCCGGGGGAAGCCGCCAUCCGAGUGAACGGCGCGGUCCGAGUGAAGGGAGUGAAGGGGUAUAUCGACGAGCUCUUCGCGGUGCUGCGCAACGAAGACGCCCGGGGAGAGACCAGCCUCACACAGGUCUUCAGCAACGACUUUUGGGGCAACCCUCUGUGGGGUCAAAGUUGGACGCACAAGUCCUAUCGUCCCCUGGCUGUGCUGAGCUUCGCCUGGCAAUUUCGCUUCCUGGGCGAGGAGCUCUUUCGACCGCAGCCCCUACGGACCUUCAAUGCUGCCAUCCACGCGGGCAACUCGCUGUUGGUUUGGCUCUUGCUGCGGCGCUUGGGCUUGCGGAACUGGGCCUCCUUGGCCUCGUGCCUCUUUGCAGCGCAUCCGGUUCACGUCGAGAACAUCGUCUACCUGGUGGGCCGCGCGGAUGUGCUUGCGACCACCGGCUGGCUUCUAGCAGCUCUAGCGCACUUGGAGGUUCGACGGCGCUGGCAGGACAAGAAUUAUUUGCCGAAGCUUUCUGCCGUGUUGCUGGUGCUCCUCUGCAGCCUCUUAGCGGUGGCUGCUUGCCUUUGCAAGGAGAUGGGCCUCACGUUGCUGGUCUUCACCGCGGGCUUGGAGUUAGUGAGCUGUAAGCCUGGGGGCCGCAGGUUGGCGACAGGUGCCAUCUCACUAGCGGUGCUGGCCCUGACUUCUUUCAUUCUGCUGGCCGUCGCGCGCUUUGCAGUCACGCAGGGAUCCUCGGCGGUCUUCGGAUAUGUGGACACACCCGUCCAGUACCAUGAGAGCUUUUGGGUACGUUCUUGGAGCUACCUCUUUCAGCACUCGUACUAUGGAAAGCUCCUGAUCUUCCCCGGCGACCUCUCCUGGGACUACUCCUUCGAUGCCCUUCCGGUGCUGCGCGCCACCUGGCGCGACCUCCGGGUGCUCUCGGUCUGCACGGCCUAUUUGUCCUUGUUUGCCCUCAUUAGUAAGGGCCUUGCCAACUCUCGACGAAUGCUGUUGGGUUUGCAGGUCGUGGUGAUCCCCUUUGUGCCAGCAUCCAACCUCUUCUUCAAGGUGGGCGUGACCAUCGGUGAACGCUUGUUGUAUCCGUGCACUGUGGGUGCAGCCCUUGUGCUUGCAGCCUUGGGACAGAGCUUCGAGAAGCGGCACGGACGCGCCUGGCCGAGACGCCUGGCGGUGGCCUUGUUGGGAGUGUAUCUGUGGCGCUGCGGCGAGCGCGUGUGGCAGUGGCGCUCCUCCGAGGCGCUCUAUGUGGCGGACGCCCUGUCAUGGCCGACGUCGGUGAAGACGCGGCACCAACUGGGCACGGUCUUGCACCAGCAGGGUCGCUAUGAGGAAGCCUUGCUCGAGUUCAAUGCAUCUCUGACGAUCCUCGACGACAAUGCCCUGACGGAUCACUGCAUUGCGCAGAUCUACAUCGAGACGGCACGCUAUCCGUUGGCGCUGGAGCGCUUCGAGAAGAUCCUCCGGGGCCACGGCGUGGGCUUCUCGCCGUUUAACCUGUGGAUGCUGUAUGUGGACUAUGGCUUCACAUUAGUGGCACUGGGCCGCUUUGAAGAGGCGAUCCCAGCGUUGGAGAAAGGCCUCUCCAGGAAUGCGGCUGUGCCCCAUGGCCAAAAUGCCCUGGGCUAUGCCUUUGCCAGCUUGAAUCAGCUGCAAGAAGCACAAGAUGUCCUGGCCAGAGGCUUGGAGUACGACCCGGAGAACCCGGUCUUGUGGUCCAACUUAGCCGUUGUUUGGAUGGUGGCCGGCGCCUUUCAGCAAGCAGCGCAAGGCUUGGAGAAGGCGUUGACCAUCGAGCCGGAGAACCGCGUGGUGAUCCACAACGUCAUGGUGCUCAAAGGUGCUGCGCAGAGCGGCUACCUCACCGAGUCUCCCAAGCUGGACUUGUUCUUCUCUCGGAACUGA